AUGGAUGCUCGCGAUGCUGUGGCUUGCUGGGCCGAACAAAUACAAAUGCUAACAAUCCUCAACAGGUAUAAACAGGCUGGCGAUAUUCGACUUGCACCACUUAACACCCUGCAGUUUUCAGUAUGGAUAUCCCGAGGAGCUGGUUUAGUCCUCUCCGUCGAUGGCCUUCUCAUCCUGCUUCCGAUGUGUAGAACCCUCUUGCGCGUUGUCAGACCGAAAUUUAGAUGGCUGCCGCUCGAUGAAUCGAUAUGGUUCCAUCGACAGGUUGCCUUUUUCAAUGUUGAAAAGUCUCAAGUCCGUCCGGAAACUGCGGUUCAGAUCCACUACACUCAAGCUGGUGGUAUCACUGGGCAUAUCAUGCUCUUGUGCAUGCUAUUGAUGUACACCACGGCCCAUGCACGUAUCAGGCAACAAGCUUUUGAGACUUUUUGGUAUACGCACCAUCUAUUUAUUCCAUUCAUGCUAGGCCUUUACACCCAUGCUACGGGCUGUUUCGUGCGAGAUACCGUCGACCCCUUCUCUCCAUUCGCAGGAAAAGACUUUUGGGACCAUUGCAUUGGUUAUGAAGGGUGGAGAUGGGAGCUCUGGGGUGGUGGAAUCUAUCUCAUCGAGCGGCUCUACCGUGAAAUCCGUGCUGCUCGGGAAACACAAAUUACCAAAGUUGUUAGACAUCCCUACGAUGCCAUGGAAAUUCAAUUCAGCAAGCCUAGUAUGAAAUAUAAAGCUGGGCAGUGGCUAUUCAUCCAGGUUCCCGACAUUUCUCGAGGCCAAUGGCAUCCAUUUACCAUCACAUCCUGCCCUUUUGAUCCCUACAUCAGUAUCCACAUCCGCCAGGUGGGCGAUUGGACUAGAGCCCUCGGCAACCGUCUUGGUUGCGGCCCUCAACAAGCCAAAGAUAUAGACGGCCUCGAUCCCCUCGGAAUGUACGAGAUUGCGGUCCAAAACGGCCAGACCAUGCCGAAAAUUCGCAUAGAUGGACCGUACGGAGCUCCAGCCGAGGACGUGUUCGACAACGAAAUUGCCAUUCUCAUCGGUACCGGUAUCGGAGUAACGCCGUGGGCUUCGAUCCUCAAAAACAUCUGGCAUCUGCGCGCUGGACCAAAUCCACCUACCCGUCUUCGCCGAGUCGAGUUCAUUUGGAUAUGUAGAGACACUAGUUCCUUUGAAUGGUUCCACGCUCUUCUCUCCUCCCUCGAAUCCCAAUCUGCCGCCGAUUCGAGCACUGGCCAGCAGUUCUUGCGUAUCCACACAUACCUCACCCAGCGGUUCGACCAGGACACCGCCGCCAACAUCAUGCUCAAUUCUGUUGGCCAACAAGUUGACCCCUUAACUGAAUUGCGUACCGGUACGAAGUUCGGCCGCCCGGACUUCAAGACGUUCUUUUCGGCUAUGCGAACUGGACUUGUUGAUCAGUCGUAUAUGCCCGGUCUGGAUGCCUCAUUGCGAACGGAUGUUGGUGUGUACUUCUGUGGGCCGAACGUUGCAGCUAAGGAGAUCAAAAAGGCAGCCAAAGAGUGUACGACGAGAGAGGUGCGGUUCAGAUUCUGGAAGGAACAUUUCUAAACUCGAAAACGGGAGAAGAGAGGGAGGGAGAGAUGGCCUGCAAAAAUGGAUCUAUCUCGCUGUGAUGUUUUCUUUUUUUUUUUUGUUUCCCCUUUCCUCGCGUAUGCAUUUGCCCCUGCUUCACUUUUCAUGAUAUAUGGCUCACGUCUUCAUAUUUGUAUACUUACUCAUGUCCCA